UGGACGUUGGUGAAAGUGUAGAGGACGAUAAUCCCCAUCACAUAUCCCCAGAGCUCUACGAAGAUCUUGUGCAUUACUUCAAAUACGCCUCGUCUGCAUACCAGCCCAUAUGCCUCAGACCCAAUGGAAAUACCCUCGUCUCUCAGGUUGCUUCUCUUCUACUUCUUUCGAGAUGUUAGAAUCCAAUUCCGGUUUCGUUCGAUUUCUGUUUGGAGAACAGUUCUCUAACGUUGUGUCCGACAUACAAGGCUUUGUUGCUCGUGAUACGCGUCGCAAGGAGAUUGUUGUUGCCAUCCGAGGAAGUGCGUCAAUUACGGAUAUUUUAAUGGACUCACAAAUCGCGCUAGUACCUCUACUAUCGCCGGGGAUCACGGUGCCUUCUGGAACACGCGUUCAUAGUGGCUUUCUCGUCGCCUGGGAUUCUAUCUCUAUCCAACUUCUUGCGAUAAUGAGAUUGGAGUUGGCGAAGCACCCCGACUUUUCAAUCGUUACGACAGGUCACUCCCUCGGCGGGUCCAUAGCCCUUUUAGCAGCUGUUGCGCUGCAGCAAAUUUUCGCGGAACGGCAGGUUAGAACGUAUUCUUAUGGAGCACCGAGAACAGGGAAUCAAAUAUUCGCUGAAUAUGUAAACGGGCUAUUUGGGACGAAAGCCUAUCGAGUUGUUCAUGGCAACGAUGGCGUUCCGACGGUUAUACCAACUUCUUUGGGAUAUCACCAUCAUGGCAUCGAGUAUUGGCAAUACACGCACCCACCAUCUGAGCAAACGACAUUUCAAUGUGCUGCUAAUGGUGAGGACAAGAGAUGCUCUGCAUCGACACCCUCCCAGGGUGUCAAUUUAGCACAUACGAAGUAUUUCGGAAUUUUAGUGUCCACUCCGUUUUGCUUGUGACCGAGUUCAGAACUUGAAGAUCGCAAGCCCAAACUAUGGAAGGGCAUAGAAUAAUGCGCGCCAUAGGGAUAGUUACGAAUAAGUUAAACAAAUGAGUGCAUGAUUCCGGGGU